AUGCCCAAGAGGAAGGUCAGCUCAGCAGAAGAUGUGGGGAAGGAGGAGCCCAAGAGGAGGUCGGUGAGGCCGUCAGCUAAGCCUGGUCCUGUGAAAGUGGAAACAAAGCCAAAAAAGGCAGCAGGAAAGAGUAAGUCUUCAGACAAAAAAGUGCAACCAAAAGGGAAAAGAGGAGCAAAGGGGAAAAAAGCUGGAAUGGCUAACCAAGAAACUAAAGAUCCACCUGCAGAAAAUGGAGAAACUAAAAAUGAAGAGAGUCUAGCUUCUGAUGAAACAGGAGAGAAAGAAGCCAAGUUCUGA